AUUUUCUCGCGGCGAUUGCGCACGUAAAAUCGGAAAUAAUCCAUUGAAUUUGUGUCAUUGUCUAAUUAGUGAACGUUAUCCUAUCGUUUAUUGGGCUGUCGACAUUAUGUGAUAAUUCAGAAUAAUUAUUGGUUGAAUUUUCCACGUUUUCACCGUUUUUAGUGCAAUAUGCGCGAAAAAUAGAAUUACCAGAAUUUUCUUGUGGCUUUGUCCUCAAAAAUAUUAAUAAAAAAUUGAAAAUUUGUUAACAUUUCAAGUGUAAUAUUCCAGGAGUGGAGGCAUUGGAUCUUGGAUCGGUUCCCUCAGUUAAUACCGAACACACUAGCGAUGUGGCAAGAUCAAUCAUCAGGAGUAUAUCAACACAAGAUGAACCGUAUACUCGUUCUACUGUGCAUGGCCGUCAUAUCAAUCGCACGAUGUCAAAAGUGCCUGCGUACGAGGUGGUUCCAGUCCUCCACAUGGUCCACAGGCGAAGCCCGGAAGUGAAACCGGAAAUUCAUCUUAGAGCAUUUGGAAAAAAUUAUAAUUUAUCACUGGAGUCAACAAAAGGUCUUCUGAAGCCUGAAAAGCAUGUGCCCAUGUGGACGGUCUCCAGAAAUACUUCAAGUCCUGAUGGUCUCGAAUACGAAGAAGUGCCAGAGGGAAGCGCCGACAUUGGGGACAUCUACCAGGAUGCCGACAACAUGGCGUCCAUCUUGUUGCAUCGAGAUACAAAUGGGAAAGUCCUCGUGGAGGGGAAUAUUGGUUCGGAGCUGGUGAUUCGAUCGCUUCCCGAACGCAUACGAAACGAGAUAGUUCCCAGUAUUGCAGAUCUUAAUCAAGAGAAUCAGCUGCCAAAUCUGAUGAGGAGCAAGAGAGAUUUCAGUCAAACACAUCAUCAUGUGGUUUUUAGGAGGGUUGAAAGACCCAUCGCUGAUGAGUACAGUGAUUUCGCGUUCAUGGAACCGGAUCACCUGGCCAAGCGGUUCAGGUCGAAGAGAUCGAUUACACCUGGGAGGUCAAAGCGCGAUGCACCUUACGUAAUUUAUCCGGAAAUCCUCUGCAUCGUUGACUACGACGGCUACAGAUUGCACGGUGGAGACAACGUUCAGAUAAAAAGAUAUUUCGUGUCAUUCUGGAAUGGUGUCGACAUGAGGUACAAACUCCUGAAGGGCCCUAAGAUUCGCAUCAGCAUCGCUGGGAUUAUUAUAUCGCGGGGAAGAGAUGCAACACCUUACUUGGAAAGAAAUCGCGUGGGACGCGAUGCGAUUGACUCGGCAGCUGCUUUGACCGACAUGGGCAAAUAUCUUUUCCGGGAGAGGAGACUUCCGGUUUACGACAUUGCCGUUGCCGUGACGAAAUUAGAUAUGUGCAGGAGGCAAUACGCGAAUGACGUGUGCAAUAGAGGAACCGCAGGUUUCGCAUACGUGGGUGGUGCCUGUGUCGUUAAUAAGCGAUUAGAGAAGGUCAACUCAGUCGCAAUAAUCGAGGACACGGGUGGAUUCAGCGGUAUCAUCGUCGCUGCUCACGAAGUUGGUCAUUUAUUGGGUGCAGUGCACGAUGGAUCACCACCACCGAGUUAUCUGGGUGGUCCAGGUGCUGAGAAAUGCCGAUGGGAAGAUGGUUACAUCAUGAGUGACCUGAGGCACACGGAGAAGGGCUUCAAAUGGUCCUACUGCAGUGUCUCCUCUUUUCAUCAUUUUCUCAAUGGAGACACAGCUACCUGUUUAUACAACGCGCCCCACGAGGAUGAGGCGCUGCCCAGGGUCUUACCUGGAAAAUUAUUAUCAUUGGAUGCCCAGUGUCGUAAGGAUCGUGGCACGAGUGCAUGUUUCAAAGAUGACAGGGUAUGCGCACAAUUAUUCUGCUUCGAUGCGGGCUCUGGUUAUUGCGUCGCCUACCGACCCGCGGCAGAGGGCUCUCCCUGUGGUGAUGGACAGUAUUGUUUGAACGGAAAAUGUGUAGCUGAGCAUGAAAACAUUAUUCCGGAUUAUACACAAAAUAUUCCCACGUACGUCAGGCGCGACAGCAUUUACAAUAGUGCGUCUCAAAGUCGGCCAACGUAUGCGCAGUAUAAUAACACAGAUUACAGGUAUCUAUGGGGCUCAACAACCCAAAGUACACCCCAAUCAACGACACAGUACAGCCGUAAUGAUUACACAUCAGUAUCCCCCGGUGAUACGACGUACAGUCGUUUACCCACUUCCUCAACCCCACGUCCCAAACCGUUCAGCUUCAGUACGCGAACGACACCCUUUUCACAGCGUCCAACUGGAUACAAUAAAAUAAAAAAUUACGACAAAUACUACAACAAACACGAUAGCACAACGACGAAGAGAGAGAAUUAUUUAAAUAAUUUGUCCAACGUGUACUCCACGACUACCAGUCCAAUCACACCCAGUACAUAUUACAGUACAUAUAGUAGAAAUACACCGCACAGUCUUGUGAGCUCGGUGUCGCAAGCGACAACAAGCCGUGGAACAGAGGACGAUGAGUGCAUUGAUGUGGCGUCAGACUGUGCAGAGCAGAUUGACAGGCUGAGAAUGUGGCUGUGCCAUCUACAAUCUGUGAAAAGGCGCUGCUGCGCUUCCCUGAAGAAUAUCUGCGGCUGAAAUUAUCGCCAAUUCGAUAAAAAUAAUGAAAAAAUAAAGCACAAAACAAAAAUUUCUGUUCUAUUUCACUAUUUUCAUUCUUAUCCCAGGGAAUUGAAAGGAAAUAUUCCAGAAAUUGCGUUUUUAAUUAUUUGAACAAAUUACCACGGGAAACAGUGUUCAUACAUGUAUUUCAAACGAAUAAUGAAAUUUUCAAUCUCAUCAGCUCACAAUGUUUUGCCUAUUUUUAUUAUUAUGUUUGUUGAUUGGGAAAAUUGUUCAUAAUUUUUUAGCAUUUUGAUCUAAAAAGUUGAUACUCGAAUGAGAAAUUGAGGAUAAUACGUCAAAAGGAUAAUUCAAUUACAUUAUCAUAGGAUACUACAUCAUUAUUACGUAGAAGCGAUUAUUGAGAUCUAAGAAUUGAUAUUCUCCUUGUUUAUAACUUAGAAUAAUCGUGGAUUACCUUGAAUAUAUUGACGUGAAGAAUGCCUGACGUAUUUCAGUGAAAAUAUAAAAAAAAGUAAGAAAAAAUGGAAGAAAUUUCUCAACGUUGUACUCGUGAUUCGGACAAUCUUCAAUUCGAUUAAUUGUUUUAACUCUUUAAUUUCCUACAAUUAUUAAUUUGCUGAAUAUAUUUAUUCGGGGAUUUGAGAGGUGGAGUGGGAGCGGUCUUUAUACAAGUCGCCUUGUAGAAAUACGUACAACAAUUUGUUUGUUUGUUUGUUUGUUGGCUCUUUCGUUAGUCUUUUGAUAAUUGAUGCAAAAGAAAUAUCGAUGAGACUCGUCCUUAUGUAGAAAAGAUGAAAAAUGAGGAAACAUUUUUGGUAAUGUAAGAAUAAAUCAUAAUGACGAAAUA